AGGGCUGGGUCCCGUUACAGUUUGGAAUCGGCGGCUCGCCAACAUGUCAGUGGAGGAGCAGGAAUAUCCCGAGGCGGUGCUGGUAGCGGAAUCCGGGCCGCAGUGGCUCCGAGCUGAGGUGGAGCGUCUGACACGAGAGCUCCGGGAAACCAGCCAGGAGAAGAUCCAGGCGGCGGAGUAUGGACUGGCGGUGCUGGAGGAGAAACAGCAACUCAAGCAGAGGUUCGAUGAGCUGGAGUCCGAAUAUGAGACGGUCAAGCAAGAGCUGGACCAGCUGAAGGAGGCCUUUGGACAAGCUAACACCACGCACAGGAAGGUGGCAGCCGAUGGGGAAAGCAGAGAAGAGUCGUUGAUUCUGGAGUCUGCCAGUAAAGAAGCUCUGUAUCAGCAGAAGGUUCUGGAGCUGCAGAAUGAGCUCCGACAAGCCAAAGCGUCGCUGUCCAGCGCGCAGGCGGAGAAUGACCGUCUGGCAGCCAUCGCUCUUGAGAUGAGAGAGAGCUCUGAGCUGGCCGAGCUGCAGCGCGGCCAGCUGCGAGAUGACAUCAGGGAGUUUAAAGUGCGAGAGGGCAGACUGCUGCAGGACUACAGCGAGCUGGAGGAGGAGAACAUUUCCCUUCAGAAGCAGGUGUUAGCGCUGCGGCAGAACCAGGUGGAGUUUGAGGGUCUAAAGCACGAGAUCCGCCGUUUGGAGGAGGACUCUCAGUACCUCCACAGUCAGCUGGAGGAAGCCGUGCGGCUGAGAGAGAUCGCCGAGCGGCAGCUGUCCGAGUCGCUGGAGACCAUAAAGACGGAGCGCGAGCAGAAGGCCACGCUGCGCAAAGAGCUCUCGCACUACAUGACCAUCGGCGGCUCCGUGUACAGCAGCUCCUUCAGCUCCUCCUUCGACAACUCCAAACUCCACGAGGAUCCGAGCGUCAUCGACCCCGACAACGACGACCUGAUCAGAGGCUUUGAGAAUGGCCUGGUCAAAACGAGUGAUGGCGAUGAAGACAACAGAACUGCUGGGAAUAAGCGAGGAGACACCUACAAGCCAGCGCCAAGCCUGGUGGACGACCUCCUGAGUGAGCUCAACAUCUCAGAGAUCCAGAAACUGAAGCAGCAGCUCGCUCAGGUUGAGCGUGAGAAGUCGGCCCUCAUGAACUCCCUGCAGGAGAGCCAGAAGCAGCUGGACCAGGCGUACGGCACGGUGUCGGAACAAAAGGAAACGGUUAACCGGCUGACCGAAAACCUCAGCGCCAUGAGGAAGCUGCAGGCCAGCAAAGAGCGCCAGUCCGCCCUGGACAGCGAGAAAGACCGCGACAGCCACGACGACGGCGACUAUUACGAGCUCGACAUCAACGGGCCGGAGAUUCUGCAGUGCAAGUACACCGUGGCCGUGUCCGAGGCCGGAGAGCUGAGGCAGGAGCUGAAGAUGCUGAGGACGCAGUACCAAGAGUGUCGGACGCGAUACGAGGACGAGCGGGCGCGGCUGGACAGCGAGGUCCAGGACUUGAGGUCUAAGUUGAUGUCCCUGGAGAAGAUCAGUCAAGCCGAUAAGCUGGAGGUGUCUCGUCUGGAGAAGGAGCUCCGGAUAGCCAGCGAGGCCGCCGGAGAAUCACUCGGCAGCCUUAAUAUUGCCCAAGAUGAACUUAUAGCCUUUAGCGAGGAGCUCGCCAACCUCUACAACCACGUGUGCAUGUGCAACAACGAGACCCCAAACCGAGUCAUGCUCGACUACUACAAGGAGGGCAAGGCCAUGGUCAGGAGGGGCGAGGACGGGAACGCCACAGCCUCCACGUCUCCGGGCCCCGAGCACCGCCCCGAACCCAUGAACAUCUACAACCUGGUCGCCAUCAUCAGGGAUCAGAUCCGUCACCUGCAGCAGGCGGUGGACCGCACCACAGAGCUGUCCCGCCAGAGACUGGCCAACCUGGAACUGAGCUCGGUGGCAGACAAGGACAAAGAGGCGUGCAUGGAGGAGAUCCUCAAACUGAAGUCGCUGCUCAGCACCAAAAGGGAACAGAUCGCCACGCUCAGAGCUGUGCUCAAGGCCAACAAACAGACAGCUGAGGUCGCGCUCGCCAACCUCAAGAGCAAGUAUGACAGUGAGAAGGCCAUGGUGACGGAGACGAUGAUGAAGCUCCGGAAUGAACUGAAGGCUCUGAAGGAGGACGCAGCCACGUUCUCCUCUCUGAGAGCCAUGUUUGCUACGAGGUGUGACGAGUAUGUGACCCAGUUGGAUGACAUGCAGAGGCAGCUGGCUGCUGCUGAAGAUGAGAAGAAGACUCUGAAUUCUCUGCUGCGGAUGGCGAUCCAACAAAAACUGGCUUUAACUCAGCGCUUGGAGGAUUUGGAGUUUGACCACGAGCAGGCACGCCGCAACACCGCCACCGCGGGGGGAGGCAAGGGCAAAUCCAAGGGCAAGGGAGCUUCCUCCAGCCAUCAUUGAACCUAUCGAGCCAAGUGUCCUUACGGAAGUCCAUCCAUCAGCCGCAGCUCCUGGUUUUAUAGACCAGAAUCAAAAUCAUUACUAAGAACACUUUUAACAACUGUUGCCAAGCGCUUCCUUAAAAUAAAAAAAUAAAAAAACAGUGCCAAACACACAAGUCGACCGUGACUCCAGAGAACUCAUCUGUCCGCCUGUCUUCCAACACAACGAACCACUACGACGGAACCAGAAGGAAGAUGUGCUGAUCGUUCGUUGCCUGUUACCCUGACUGAGCACUUUUUUGUUUGUUUUUUACUCAUUUGCUUCUUCAUAUUUUAUCUAAGUACAUAUCUGUUUCAAAUUAUGUUACAGUAUUUGGAAAAAAAAAUCCAGAUUCUCCAUCAGUGUUCUAAGAAAGAUUAUUGCAAUUCAAACUUAUUUAAAGAUUUAUAAGUUAACAGCAGAUGUUAAUAGUAUGCAAGGUUUUUAACAUUUUAUACAGUUUUUGUAAACCUAUUUAGUCCUAUGUCAUCUGUGCCAUUGUGUGUUUUAUUUGUACAAGUGCAAUUUAAACCAUAUUUGAAACGGUCUGAAUGAAACGUCUGUAUUGUGUCAAAAGAUUUAGGGGGUUGUUGCCCAGAAUCUUGGUCUGAAUUGGUUUUAAAUGUCAGUUUUUUAACAGUAACCACGGUUGUAUUUAUUUGCCUCAGGGCUGACUAUAGGAUUUCUCGUCCUUUUGCUUUAUAAGGGAGUUUGAAUUUAGCUGCCUGGUUACAGUCCAAUGGAGGCUCCAAGAUGGUGAUGGACCUGAUCGACUCCUGUAAAAACGCCUCUGUUACGUUCUGUUUCUACCUGCAGGUCUGGCUAAUAGUAAAAAUAAAUCAGUCUAACUGUCACA